AAAAUAACAGUCUCUCGAGUUCCCCUGUUACACUUUAAUACUUUAUACUAUUUCUAUUUUUCUUUUCUAACACAUAUGGAUAAUAAUAUAAUAUUCAAUAAUAAUAUCCAAUUUCAGUUUUUGCUAUGUGGUAAUUUUAACAAUUGUGUUAAUGUAGCAUUUACUUAAAAUGUUGCUAAAAGUGUAUUGCUAUUUUCUAAGUAUUUGUAGAUAUUAAUUAUAUUACUAGUGUUGUAUUAUUAUUGUUCCAUUUGUUACAUAAAGGAAGCACAUCCAACUUCCUAGCUAUAGGAAUUAAGCUGAUAAUAUUUAAAUAUCAUCAUAAAUUAUAGAAAUGUUGAGAUACAGAGGAAAAAAAUUAGCACUUAAUAUUGUGAAAGAAUUGGAUUCAUUCCCUAAGGUUCAAGAAGAAAUUUAUGAACCAUCUACUUACAGUAAUAUUAUACUGACAGUUUUGAUUUCUAUAUUUGGAUUAUGGUUAUUAAUUUCUGAAAUACAAUAUUUUUUACAAGAACAUUAUAUAUACAGAUUUGUACCAGACACAGAUUAUGAAUCUAAACUUCCAAUAAACAUAGAUAUUACAGUUGCAUCUAAUUGUGACAGUAUAGGUGCUGAUAUUGUUGAUACAACAGGACAAAAUAUGAUGUUAUUUGGAGAAUUAAAAACUGAUGAUACUUGGUGGGAAAUGACAAAAGAACAGCAACAGCAUUUUGAUAAAAUGCGUGAAUUUAAUGCAUAUUUAAGAGAAGAAUAUCAUUCAAUGAAAGACAUUUUAUGGAUGUCUGACGAUUAUAAUACAUUAAAAAAUAAAAUUUCUGUUAGAACAGAAAAACCAAAUACUUUACCUGAUGCAUGUCGCAUACAUGGGUCAUUAAUUCUGAAUAAAGUUAUAGGCAAUUUCCAUAUAACUCCUGGGAAAUCUCUAAUAGUUCCAGGUGGUCAUGUGCAUCUUACUGGUCCAUUUUUUGGAUCAGGGGCUACUAAUUUUUCUCAUCGAAUAAAUCAAUUUUCAUUUGGUAUUCCAACUAAAGGAAUAAUAUAUCCAUUAGAAGGAGAAUUGCAUGAAACAAAUGAAAAUGCUGUUUCCUAUAAAUAUUUCAUAGAUGUGGUAGCUACAGAUGUUAAAUCACAUUCAAAUGAAAUAAAAACAUAUCAAUAUUCAGCAAAAGACAUACAAAGAGUAAUUGAUCAUAACGUUGGAAGUCAUGGUAUGCCUGGUAUAUAUUUUCAAUACGAUAUAAAUGCACUCAAAUUUAUCAUCACUGAAAAUAAAAUUACUAUGUUUCAUUUGAUUAUUGCAAUAACAUCAACUGUUGGGGGCUUAUUUUUAUUAUUUAAUUUUAUGAAAAUAUUAUUAGACAAAUUCACUAAAAAAAUAUAUUCCUAUUUUCACAACUAAAAAAUUGCUGAAAGAGAAAUGUCCUAAUAUUAUAAAUAAUAAUCUGUUAUAACAAUAAAACUAUUAAAUUAAAUUUAUUUUGAAAUUAUUAA